AACGAGUAACCAAUAAAUCAAAAAUAGUCGUUAGAAAAUUGGUCAAUUGAUAACUGUAAUAUCACUUUUAUGUCUCGUAAAUUCUAUUUGUAAUGUUUUAAAUUUCGGAAAAGUUUCAUGAGUAUGUUAGUAUUCACGUUCAAUUGGUUUACCGUCUUCCAGAUUACGUGCAAUGUGUUCGUGUAUCUUUCUCGUAACAACCCAACGCGGCAAAUUUUAGCGUCGGAAGUAAAACAACGAAAGUUUUCAAUGUGUCCUGACGUAAAUGUGUUAUGCUAGUGCUGUGUAGGCCCUUAACGAUGAGCUUCUCUAGCGAUGAAGUCAACUUUUUAGUCUACCGCUAUCUUCAAGAAUCCGGUUUUGUGCAUUCAGCAUACACUUUUGGUAUAGAAUCGCACAUAUCACAGAGUAACAUAAAUGGAGCUUUAGUACCACCAGCUGCACUUCUAUCUAUUCUACAAAAGGGAUUACAAUAUACGGAAGCAGAAAUUUCUAUUGGCGAAGAUGGAACAGAACAAAGAAUGGUUGAGUCUCUGUCUCUCAUCGACGCGGUUAUGCCGGAUGUUGUUGCAUCUAGACAAAAUCAAAUCAAUCAACAGAAACAACAGAUAAAAACGGAAGUUCAAGAUACAAAUAGAGAAGAAGGAACAAGUGAUCGAGGUGGUGAUAGAAAUGAAAUGGAAGUGGACGAACAGCAGCAAGGUACUGGAACGGGUGCUAAUGCUAGUGCUGUUGAAAUACCAGCUAGUAAGGCAACCAAAUUAAGAGGACACGAGUCUGAAGUUUUUAUAUGCGCUUGGAAUCCUACUACCGAUCUUUUGGCCUCUGGUUCUGGAGACAGCACCGCCCGUAUUUGGGAUAUGUCAGACAAUUCUCAGGCUCCAAAUCAAUUGAUUCUUCGCCAUUGCAUUCAAAAAGGUGGUGCGGAAGUACCUAGUAAUAAAGAUGUUACUUCGUUAGAUUGGAAGUGCGAUGGUACGUUACUGGCAACUGGAAGUUACGAUGGAUAUGCACGCAUUUGGACAACAGAAGGCAGAUUGGCUACUACUUUGGGUCAACAUAAAGGUCCAAUUUUCGCAUUGAAGUGGAACAAAUGUGGCAAUUAUAUUUUAAGUGCAGGUGUUGAUAAAACAACUAUUAUUUGGGACGCCGAAAGUGGCGAGUGUACUCAGCAAUUCAGUUUUCAUUGUGCACCUGCAUUAGACGUCGAUUGGCAAACAAACACUUCAUUUGCUAGUUGCUCUACAGAUCAAUGUAUUCAUGUAUGCAAACUGAAUGUAGAUAAACCCAUAAAGAGCUUCCAAGGUCAUACGAACGAAGUUAAUGCAAUAAAAUGGGAUCCCCAAGGUAAUCUACUAGCUAGUUGUUCGGAUGACAUGAGUUUGAAGAUAUGGUCUAUGAAGCAGGAUACGUGGGUACACGAUCUUCAAGCUCACAGUAAAGAAAUUUAUACAAUCAAAUGGUCUCCGACUGGCCCAGGAACACACAAUCCAAAUAUGAACUUGACACUUGCCAGUGCAUCAUUCGAUUCAACUGUAAGAUUGUGGGAUGUAGAAAGAGGAGCUUGUAUACAUACGCUCACAAGACAUACAGAACCAGUGUACAGUGUAGCGUUUAGUCCGGAUGGCAAAUUUCUUGCUAGCGGAAGUUUUGACAAAUGUGUUCAUAUUUGGUCUACUCAGAGUGGGUUAUUAGUUCACAGUUACAAAGGUACGGGUGGUAUUUUCGAAGUAUGUUGGAAUAGUAGAGGUGACAAGGUUGGUGCUUCGGCAUCAGAUGGCAGUGUAUUUGUUCUCGAUCUUCGUAAACUGUGAUCAUGAACAUAGUUUAUUAUAUUUUCCUCCAAUUCGUCAAUUCGUUACACUUUUGUAUUACCUUCUCUCUGUAUUUCGCUUAUUCAUAUCUAUGUCUUUUUUUAACGUUUACAUAAAAUUAUUAUUAUGUAUGAAACUAAAUUAUAUCAAAAUUUUAUUGAAAAGCAAUUAUUAUGAAAGAAUACCAUUUGUUAAUAUGGUGUUAUGUGUCUACAAAGAGGGAAAAAGAAAUCAUUAAUAAGAACAUCAAUCGAAUUCUAAUUUCAAAUAAUUGUCUUUCAAAAAAAUUUUCUUUUAAAAUAUUCGUAAUGAACAAAUGUGAUGUACAUUACUCAUAUUUUCAAUGAUAUCGUGUACAGAAUAAAGCGAUUUAACUGUUUAUAAUUAGAGAGAAAGGCAAAAGUCUACUGUUCACUAUACGAUUGAAGUGAACUAUGUGUAAUAACUGUGUAAUAACAAUAACUAAAUAUUGUAAUGACAUCGAUAAUAAUUAAAAAGAAAGAAAAAAGAAAGAAAAAAGAAACAGAAAGAAAAAACAAAAAAAACAAAAAAGAAAAAAAAAAAAAAUAAACUUUUGUAAGGAACGGUACAUUGGCAUUGUGUUGUCUUUCCAAAAGGAUCCAAGGAGAGGAUUAAUAUAAUCUCAGGACACGUGGUUGUACAUUAAAUAAAAUUUAUUAUCACGUUUAAAAUCACACAUCGUAGAACUUAUAUUAAAUUUUAUUUUCGGUCUACCGACGAAAUGAUAUACUUUUAGGAACGUAUCGAUAGACAUACAUAUCUGUUUAAAUAAAAUAUGACGAUAUUUUUUUUUUUAAACUAUCAUUAAAAAUAUAAUAAAUAAAUUUGAGUUAUAUCAUUGGAAGAAGUUUCGAAGAUAUUCUGAAUUUAUCGUUAAAUUAAUCGAAAGAUUCGUCGAAAAGAUUGCAAUCUAUGUAUGUGUACGUAUGUAUAUGUAUAUGUAUAUAUAUAGAUAUACAUAACAUACAUAUACAUUCGUAUCUUUCUUUGCGUGUAAUGUACAAUGUAAUAUACAAACAUGAUACACAAUAUGCAGAUUAAAAUCGUCGUUGACGAGAAGAGAUGUAACAUUGCACAGGUAAGUCUUAAUUUUUAAACAUCGAUGUGUACAGGCAUUGCCGGAAACGUUAAUAACGCGCGAAUUUCAAACUUUUACUUUAGCUUUAAUGAAAGAAUUUCUUUAUUCGAAAGAGAGAGAGAGAGAGAGGGAGAGAGAAAGAGACAUGUUUUUUCAUAAUUAAAAUAUUUCCGAGUAAACAAUCUCGCAAAAGAAAAGAAAAGAAGAAACCAACAAUAAAAAAUAAUAAGAAAAAACACGAACGGUAAAUAUUAAAUAGCAAGUGUCAACUAUUUAACGUGCAUACAUUUAUUUAUUAUCUGUGUUUUUUCCUUUUUUUUGUUUGUAUCGGUUUUCGAGUUUUCCUGAAAGUUAUUCGCUGCUAUAAAGGACUGAAUAAUGAUAAUAAUAAUCGGCUAGCAUUCGAUGUAUCACCGAGGCGUAAGGUACAUUACUAUUGCUAACUCUAAUUAAUUAGAACUAAGUUACACGAUGAGGCUGUUCUAUCGUCAUUUUGCUAAUGUUAAAUAUUUCUUACUAUAAUCUAAUAUAGAACAAAUGUUUCUAUUGAUCUUUUUUUUUUCUUCUUUUUUUUCUUGUUUUCUUUUCUCUCUCUUCGAGUUGCUAUUUAAUAAUAACAUUUUUUUUUUUUAAUAUAGAUGUGUAUAUAUAUAUAUAUAUAUAUCUUUUUUUAAAGUUUUUCAUCAUAGCAAACGCAUAAUUACAUCUUUUAUCAAGUUACUUUCGUAAUAAAACUAGAACGGACAUAAACUUUUAAAAUAGUAAAAUCUAUUUUCGGAGAUUACUACAGAGAAUAUCUAAUACAAACGUAAAUAUUUUAUGAAACUAUUAUAAAUAGAGAAUAUUAUAGUUAGACAAAUAAAUAAUGAUUAAUCGUAUUAUAGGGGAUGAAUAAUUGUGAUGACGAAAAUGAAAAGUCUUAAUUCUUCAAUGGUUCGAAUACCUAAAUUAUAUGAAACAAAUUGAGUUAUUUAACAACGAAACGAUAUUUUUUUUUUGGUCUAGUCAA